AUGGUAAAAAUGUACUGCAGUCCUCUACAAGAAGCCAAACGAGCACUUAAAGAUGACUGGCUAAUCAAGGCGGUGCAUUACAUGGAGGAAAACCCAGAAACUUUAGAAGAGCUGAUGGACAAAAACUACGCUUUGGCAGAAGGAGACAUGGUGCUGUUGAAUGACAGGAAUGCAGUGAGCAGUAGCUGGCCAACUCUGGAGAUACCCUAUAUCAUUAGCCCAGAUUUAGGUAAUCGCACAGAUGAUAUUCUCUCUGCUAUGGAGAUGGUGUCCAAACACACCUGUGUAUCCUUCCACAAGCGAACUAUCGAGCAAAACUACCUGCUCUUCAAAACCAGUACAGGCUGUGCGUCAUUUGUGGGCUUAAAGGGUGGUGAGCAGCCUGUUUUUGUUGGGCCCCAGUGCAUGGUAGGUAACAUUGCACAUGAGAUUCUUCACGCUCUGGGUUUCCACCAUGAACACACAAGGAUGGACCGUGAACAGUACAUCACCAUUAUUCACAGCAACAUUAUGCCAGGGAUGGAGAAAAACUUCAGAAUGCAAGAAGGCGAAACCUUUUCUCUUCCAUAUGACGCUACCUCCAUCAUGCACUAUGGAAGGGAUUUUUUUUCAGCGAGCGGCCUGCCCACCAUCUUCCCAAAAAAAGAUGUGAAGGAAAUGGGACAGAGAGAUAAACUGACAAAGACUGACAUUGAAAGGGUUCGACGUCUCUACAGCUGUGUCCAGAAGGUGGCGGUAAUGCACCUGAAGGUGUUUGGCAACCGCCAUAAAAAGAUAGAAGAAGGCCCCACAGAAACCAGUGUGAGUAUUCCAGUUUGA